AUGCUGACCGUACAAUUAUUUUGGGUCGCUCUCGCUGCGAUCUUCGUACGUCUUCUGUUCACUGGUAGAAGACCCAAGAAUUAUCCACCUGGACCUCCUACACUGCCGAUCCUUGGAAACAUUCACUUGAUGCCCACAAAAGAUGCCCAUCUGCAAUUCCGUAAGUGGGCAGACGAGUAUGGGCCUGUUUAUAGUCUCAUCCUGGGCACCAAGCCUUUCAUUGUCUUGUCAAGUGCCCAGGCUGUCAAGGAUCUGCUCGAUAAGAAGAGUGCACUCUACUCUGACCGACAAGAAAUGUACGUUGGGCAGAUUCUUGGCAGCGGUGGUCUCAGACUUCUGAUGAUGGGGUAUGGACCAACAUGGAGAUCAUUCCGCAAACUGGUACACUCGCUGCUCAACGUCACCACAGCCAAGAGCUACGUGCCCUACCAAGACCUCGAGAACAAGCAAAUGCUGUAUGAGAUGAUCGUUCAACCCGAUCGAUUCCUCCAGAGUAUUCGACGAUACUCCAACGCACUCACAACAACCAUGGUAUUUGGCUGGCGCUCGCCUAUCUAUCGAGACCCCAAGCUCAUGCAGCUCUUCGACGGCUUUGCUGAGUUUGCCGAGAUCAAUCAGACUGGUAUCGCUGCCCUCCUUGACUCGUUCCCCGUACUCAGAAAGCUGCCUGACUUUCUCUUGCCCGUGCAGAGGAAAGCCAAGGAGCUUCAUAAGAAGGAAAAGGAUCUCUACAUGAGUCAUUGGCUUAAGGCGAAGCAGGACAUCGCAGAUGGCUCUAUUAAGCCAUGUUUCUGUGUUGGAUUAGCCGAAGCGCAAGAGAAGGAAAAGUUUGAUGAUGCGCAAGCUGCUUAUAUCUCUGGGACUCUCCUUGAAGCGGGUUCAGACACAACAUCUAGCACCCUGUAUGCCUUUGUGCAGGCAAUGCUUCUUUAUCCUGAGAUCCAGCGAAAGGCUCAGGACGAAAUCGACAAAGUAGUCGGUAAGCGCAUGCCAACUAUGGAUGACGAGCAGAGCCUUCAGUAUGUCCGCGCAUGCAUGAAAGAGACAUUGCGAUGGAUGCCGACAACCAUCCUCGGUGCUGUUCCUCAUGCUGUCACGCAGGACGAUACAUACAACGGAUAUCUUAUCCCCAAGGGCGCAGGUGUUCUCAACAAUGUCUGGGGUAUUCAUAUGGAUCCUGAGCGUCAUCCCAACCCUCGCCAGUUCAACCCUGACAGGUACCGGGAUGACUUCCAGAGCUUGGCAGACGCCGCAGCCAACCCAGACGCGUCAAAACGGGAUCAGUUCACUUUUGGCGCAGGCCGUCGUAUUUGCCCUGGAAUUCACGUUGCCGAACGAAGCUUAUUCCUGGGCAUUUCACGGAUCCUAUGGGCAUUUAAUAUUAAGCCUACUGUGGAUAAGAACGGCAAGCCCGUUUUGCCAGAUCCAGAUAAGCUGACUCAAGGCUUCGUAUGCAUGCCCGAGGAAUUUCCAGCUAGAAUCAUUCCAAGGUCUGAGGAAAAGAAGGCUCAGGUGAUCGAGAGUUGGAAGAAGGCUGAGAAAGAUGUCCUUGAUCCUGAGACGAAGCAGUGGCGUUAG